AUGGCCCAAAAGACUGCUCCACUUUGCGGCCAUUCUGCGGAAAAUUUUACGGGGCCUUAUAAUGACAUUUUGAGGCAUUACAAUAGGAAGACUACCCCAAGGUGCUUGAUGAAAAUUGAUCUAAAGAAAGCCUAUGAUAUGGUUAGAUGGGAAAUUAUUGAGGAAAUGCUUAAAGGCUAUGGAUUUCCUAUGCCAUUUAUACCCUUGAUCAUGGUGUGUGUUACAAAAACUACAUUUAUAGUAAAAGUGAAUGGUGGUGGAUUUGGCUAUUUUGAGGGGAAGAGAGGUCUUAGACAAGAAGACCCCAUGUUCCCAUUGUUGUUUGUUCUAGUCAUGGAGUACCUAACUAGAGUGCUGAACAAAAUGAGUGAUCUUCCAGACUUCCAGUUUCACCCUAUGUGUAAGAGUACUAAGCUUACUCAUCUCAUAUUUGCAGAUGACCUGAUGUUGUUUUGCAAAGGCAACUUCCAGUCCAUUCACGGGAUGAUGGAAGUUGUGAAUCACUUUAGUGAAGUCUCAGAAUCGGUGGCUAAUAUGGAAAAAUCUAAUAUUUUCCUAGCAGGGAUGGAUGAUGAAUUAAAGCAGAUAAUCUUGAGUAACACAGGUUUCUCAGUGUGUACAUUACCUAUGAGAUAUCUCGGGUUGCCUCUAACAUCAAAGAAGUGGAGUAAAGUCGAAUGCCAUCAACUAGUGGAGAAGAUUAUAAAGAAAAUUAAUUCUGGAUAUUCUAAACAGCUUUCUUAUGCUGGUAGACUGCAAGUUAUAAAUGUUGUUCUCUUUGCAGUAUAUAAUUUUUGGGGAGCUGUCUUUAUACUUCCACAACGUGUCAUCAAGGAAGUAAAUAGGAAAUGCAGGGAGUACCUAUGGGGUAGCACUGAAGGGCAUAGGAAAAUGGCACUGGUAGCUUGGGACUUAAUAUGUAGACCAAAGAAGUGUGGAGGUUUAAACAUCAAGGGAUGUAAACUAUGGAAUAUGGUAUCAGUGGAAAACUGUUAUGGCAACUAG